AUGGUAACAAAGAAAACUUUUAGAGAAGUUGCACCUAAUGGAGACCCAUUAGUACAGUUACAAAAGGAUACUUAUAUAGUGGAGAAUUUCACUAAUUCAAAAGAUAUUAUUGAGUUGAAAGAAGGUAACAUAAAGAAUAAAGUACAAGUUAGAUGCUGCCAAAAUAGUAAAAUAUCUAUAGGGACCAAGGUAAAUAGUAUAAUAGCUGAUAAUUGCGUAGGGUGUAUACUUCUAGUGAAUAGUGUGAUUGCCUCUGUUGAGAUUGUAAACUGUGAUAAUAUCACUAUUCAGGUUACUGGGAUUGUACCUACAAUUUCGAUCGAUAAAUGCAAUAAAGUAGACAUAUAUGUGUCUGAAGAAAGUAAACAAGUUGAAAUCUACAGUAGCAAAUCGAGUGAAAUGAAUUUGCUAACUCCAGGAGAUGAAGAAGGUGAUUGGAAUGAAUUUGUAAUACCUGAGCAAUUUGUAUCAAAGCUGAGCUUAUCAAAGGGCAAAAUAGAAAGCGUUCCAUCACCAUUAUAUGGAUAG